UACAUAAAUUCAACAGGCCGACACUGCCUCAACGCAGAUGCUUUCCUGGAGGUGAAACAAGAAGCUGUUCAAGAUGAUGAAAGUCGUGUGUCUCAUUGCGCUGCUCCUGGUGUUCUUUGUGGCCGCAUCCUCUGCUGAUGGGGACAUGUCUAAAGUCCACGCAUAUCGGAGAGAAGAGGCAGUCCUUGCGAGACGUCUGACAGCACGUUCAAGUUCCGGCAGCAGCUCCAGCAGCAGCUCCGAUACUACCCCUGCUCCUACCCCUGCUCCUACCCCUGCUCCUACCCCUGCUCCAACCGCAACUCCUGCUCCUGCUCCAAGUUCCAGCAGCAGCUCCAGCAGCAGCUCCGAUACUACCCCUGCACCUACCCCUGCACCUACCCCUGCACCUACCCCUGCUCCAACAACAGGUUAAGAAUGACGGAUUGGCAUUCCACCAUGAAAACGUCCAAAUCUAUGCAAUUAAAUCAAUAAAGCAUGCUUUGUAAAAUCAG